CAUUCAAUAGUCCCGUUGAUGAGGAGGGCGUUCGCGCUCACUUUCAUUGGCAUCAAUAUCAUCGCCAAGCAUCCUGGUUACCAUCUAGUGGCGACAGCAGCUCUUCCGCAGAUACACGGAGCUCGACGUUUAGCCCGCGCGCUCCGUCCAGUAGUGCUGACUCACUGACUGAUUCCGACAGCCUGACUGAUUCUUAUAACCGAGUUCACUUAGACAAAUUGAUUGACCAUACAAUUGGGACUGAUUCUGUCAGCCCAACAAAAACGCCAGCUGAUUAUGAUGAUGAUGACGACGAUGAUUUCGACGACGACGACGCCUUACUUGCCGCUAAUCCAGCCUCCGCCUUUGACGACGAUUUCGGUUCCACCUCGUUUCAGUCACGUCUCGCAUACUCACAAUCAGCAGAGUUCAAGUCCAGACCAGAUACGCUCUUUCUAAGUUCGCGGGACGAAUACUCAUCCUCCUCCUCUUUCUCACCUCGCUCCUCCUUCUCGUCCUCCCGUCCCUCGACUUCCUCCCUCCGUUCCUCCUCCCCUCCCCCAAAUCCCUCGCAACCCUCCUCGCGUUUCGCCUCCCCUCUCCCCAACCCGUCACCACCCUCGCCCGCAUCUUUUCGUAACAAAAAUCCUCCAAGAUCCUGGAAGAUUCCUAGAAGCAGAAACCCGAACAGAAUUAGCACUAGAAUAGGAACGCAGCGAGCGUGGGCUCCUGUUGUUCCUACACCCGAGUACGUGCACCCUAGCGAGGUGUCCCUUGACGCGGCUUUAGCAUUCGAGAGGCAGCGGGUGCUUCGGCAGGAGCAGCGUAGGCGGCAGCAGCAGGUGACGGGGCCGUGCAGCCCGCUAGAAACGGCGAAGGUGAUACGGAUUAAGUCGUACGCGGACGUCGCGAAGCGAUUAAACUUCGCGCCGACUCAGACCGUGAUGCUGGUGCUGCUUCCACCUGGGUUCAUCGCUAGUACGGGUCUGCUGUUUGACGGAAACUACUCGUGCACGAUCCUGCGAAGCAAGAAGCCCGCGCAGAGAAGUUACAUCAAGCUGACAAACGCACUGCAGCCCGUUUUACGCAUCUGGAACACGCACAACGUGAUCGUCAUGGACGUCAAUUUCUACCUGCCCGUCAAGUCCAGCUCGCGCCUGUGCUCCUUCACUGAGGUCGGCAAGGGCAUGCUGUGCCCCGCCAUCCACAUCUGGCGGAGCUACGGCGUGCAGGUGGCUAAGGGCGAGGUGUUUGGGCGCAUAGACGUGUUUCGCAGUAUGCAAGCGCGGGUGGAUGGCAUGAGCGUCACCGCCACCUACCGCUUUGUCAACUCGCCAGGGGUUAUUCGCAUCGGGGAGAGCGGGUACGGGCCGGAGCUGGUGCGGGCAAACAUAGUGAUCUCGAAUAAUGAAGCAUACGGCGUGGACACCCCUAUUGUGAUGCACUGGGGUGCGGUGGGAGUGACAGUGGUCAACAACUUCAUCCAUGACUUUGGGUUUGCGGGCAUUCGGUGCGGCGCGGAUGUGCACUUUGUGGGCGACUGCAUGCUGACCAACAUUUCCAACAACAUUGUGUACAACUGGCGAAGGAAUUCAUCGGGGGAUGUGGAUUCUGCAGGAAUUUAUUACUGCACGCACUGGUUCAGCCCUGGCAACGUUGCUGAGUGCAAUUAUGUGGCGGGCGGUGACCACUGCUACUAUCUAGACUAUGUGACGUCGGGCGUGGUGAUCCGUGGGGGUGCGUGCAUCAACACGUACGAUGGCAUCAAAGUCAACAACGGCAAGCUGAAUGUGAUAAAGCACGUGAUUCUGAAGAACGUGGAGGGCAUGCCAGGCUGGUGCACGUGCUUGACUCCCACGGUCAACAACUGUCGCAAGGGCCCCGGGACCUACUGGGAGAAGAUGCGCCUCAAAUACUAUGACACCGAGCUGUUCCGCAAGCUCUGGCCCUGGUGGCCUAGUGUGUGUAAAGACACAUCUAUCAACGGUGUCAGCUGCAACCCUCCUGGUGCCAUGGGGGCUUACUUGACCGGCAACUGUAGCGGGCUCGGCACUGAGAAUUACCUCGACCUUGUCGUGAAGGGAGGAGGCUCGGUGAAGGUCGGCAAGGGCGGCAAGGCAGCCAAGGGCCGCGGAGGAAGCGGCGGAAGAAACGGCGGAGAGGGCGGAGAGAAGAACUUCGAUGCGGGGGAGGCCUCGAGCACAGAGGCAAGCAGCAAGGACGGCAAGGGAAAGAAAGGCAGAGGGAACGCCAAGGGGAGGAAGGGGAAGGAGGGGAGAGGCACGUACAAGGGCGGAGGGGGAGGCGUGUGGGAGCAGCUGAGGACGUUGGGAGCAGUGUCGGAUCAUGUGUUUGGGAACCAGGCCAAGCAUGCAGAGCUCAGGCAGCAAGUGGUUGACUACAUAGAGACCCACGAGGUUGACUUUGCCCCGUUCGUGGAGGACGACAUGGGCUUUAAGGAGUACUGCAGCAGCAUGCGCGAGGACGGCACAUGGGGUGGACACAUGGAAUUGCAGGCUGUUUCAUUGCUGUUGAAAAGAAACGUUUGCAUUCACCAGUUGCAGCAGCCCCGGUGGAACAUUGUCAACUUUGAUGACGCCAGCAUUCCCACCAUCCACCUCUCCUACCACGACGGGGAUCACUACAACAGCGUGCAGAUGGAAGGGGACGAGCUGUAG